AUGUCGAUCACGGCUCUUCCUCAGUCGGCCGUCCAAGCUAUCGGCUCCACGUCUGUCAUCUCAGACCCGUGUUCAAUCGUGAAGGAACUGUUAGACAAUGCCUUGGAUGCCUUCGCUACAUCUGUAGGUAUUGAAAUUUCUCAAAACACGCUCGAUGUGGUCCAGGUAAAAGAUAAUGGGCAUGGCAUUCCCUCCAAUGGCCAUGCCUUCGUGUGCAGACGCACCUUCACUAGCAAAAUACAAACACUGGAAAAUCUAGCGAAGGUCGGGGGAAAGACUCUUGGUUUUAGAGGCGAAGCUCUAGCCAGUGCUGCUGAAGUGUCUGGAGGUGUGAAUAUCUUCACCAGGGUUGAGACAGAGUUAGUUGGCUCGUCCAUCAAAUAUGGAAGGAAAGGAGAGCUCAUUAGUUCUGAACGUACAUCGCACCCUGUGGGCACUACUGUUCGAAUAACCGACCUAUUCAGAUAUAUCCCAGUUCGGAGACAAGCUUCUCUGAAAAAUCCUGCUAAGACUAUUGCGAAAAUUAAGAGAAUGAUACAAUCAUAUGCCAUGUGUUAUCCAUCAAAAAGGCUUUCCUUAAAAAUCCUUAAGGCGAGGACUGACAACAAUAAUUGGGUUUAUGCUCCGGGGCAGAGCGCAACACUUAUGGAUGCAGCAUUGAAGGUUGCUGGUACUGAUGUCGCCUCCAACUGCAUUGAAAAGAAAUGGCCCCCUGAAGAAUCUAUGGAUGCUGAUCAGCUGCGAACUGAGUAUACUGUUUCAGACUAUCGAUUGGUUUCACUACUUCCAGGUCCUAAUUCUGAAUUCACGAAGAUGAAUAACACAGGCCAAUACCUCAGUAUCGAUGGCAGGCCUAUAUCCUCUACCCUGGGAAUUGGCCAAGAUAUUGUGAAGAUCUACAAAUCAUAUAUACGCACGGCUGCGUCCGGGGAGACAUCCCGGACAACAGCGAAUCCGUUCCUGUGCCUGCAAAUCCGGUGUCCUGAAGCAAGUUAUGAUGUGAAUAUAGAACCAGCCAAAGACGAUGUGUUGUUCGAAAAUCCCCAACGAGUCCUUUCCAUCGUGGAGGAUCUCUUUAGAGCUACGUAUGGCGAGAAAGGAAAUUCCAGUGACAAACGUUUACCCCCGAAAGAUAGGAAGGCGCCAAAUGAUAAUCGAUUUGAACUGCUCCUGGCUCGAAGAGAAGGCAAUGAAUCCACGCUAUACAACGAUAUGAAUACAGGGUCAUAUUUAGGUCCAUUUAAAACCGCUCGCUCGUUGACUCGGCAAGCCCAUUCCAACUCUCCAAUUCAGUCUCGAGAGUAUUUGGAAAUACCCGAAGCCAUAAACGCUGGGGUGCAAAAAGAUCUUAGUGAUCAAGAGGCCUUAAAUCCGUGGUCGCUGGCAAAACCGAACACCCCAAUUCUUCAGGGCAGCCAUAAUCUUUUGAAUAAGUCUGGCGCCCGCUUGUCAACGUGCCAUCCUGUUAGGAGCCCCGGAGAAAAGAGAAAGGAGUCACGAGACGCGCCGCGAAAGAGCUCGCUGAGCUCCUUUUUGCCUACUCCAUCGGAGUCCCCAAACAGUUCUUCAAUUUCCCCAGCCUCAACCACAACCUCACAGAUAUCUAAGGUUUCUCCAACUAAGAGAAGAAAUGGGCAUUAUGAUAACGCAUCUAGAGACCGUGACAAACAGCGAUAUGGCAAUGGCGCACUGGAUACUUGGUUUGGAAAAAUCACCCAGGCCACUCUACCUUGGGCAGUGGUAGACGAGCCUCUGGAUCAAGCUGAUCAGCCAUUGUUAACUGAACUAACGCGGGAGAAAUUUGAACAACCAUCUAAGGAAACUGAAUAUGCACCGCCGGGUUUAUCAACUCCAGAUCCUUCAGUAAAUAGACAAGAUACCUUGUCAUCCUCCGAACUAGAAUCACAGAGACCUAGGGAAAUGAAUAUUGACUCACGGGCAAGAGGAAAGAGGCAGCAACAGCCUGUUCUUGAACAAUGGUCAGCUAGGCUGCAUCAACUAUCAAAAUCUGGCCUGGCUGGACUAGAAGAUGCGCUUGAUUUCGAGAACCGAAAGAAGGAGGCUAUCCAGAAAAGACGAGAGAAUGUCAAGAAUGGUUCAUUCUCUAAGGGCUUUAAAUCCCCACACCUCAGCAGGUACCUUGCUGCUCGAGCUGCAUUGGCUCCUGUACCUGAGACACUAGACUCUGCCAAUGGCGAUAAAAAUCCGCAGAUUCCUUUAUCAGAUAGCAGAAUGAAGCAACAAGCCUUCUCAAACGCAACAUCGAAAUCCAACUUGAGCCCAUUUGAUCCAAGAUCAUACCUCAUGCGUCGUCAGAGCCACCAACGGGGCGAUAUAUCUCGAAAGUCAAGUGUUCGUCAUAUCAAUACCAAUAAAUUGCCGUUUGAGACAAUCCCAGAGGACCAAGAAUUGCAUAGUAUAGGGUUGAAACAUUCUGCAAAUAUGUCACUGAUGUCUAAAUUGUUCAAAAUAACAUAUACUCCGGAUUUAUAUACUCGAACCGGGGUCGAGUUUGAAUCUUUCGCCACAUCCGACCUCGAGCCAGGUCUCACUGAAACGUGGGCAAAUCGAUUGUAUUCAAUGAUUGAAGACAAAUACAAGUCCAAAGAAGGAUCAACUCUACCGAGUGUGCAGUUUAAUUUUUCUGCAUUACUCCGCUCGGAGGAGAAUCCAUGA